AUGCCGUCCGAACACAGCCAGCCACAAACACGUGUGGCCAUUGUCGGUGUUGGUCAAGUCGGUUCUGCUGCUGCAUACGCGCUCAUCCUAGGUCGUGUUGCCGAUGAGCUACUCCUUGUCGAUAUAAAGGCAGAGUUGAGAGACGCUCAAGUCCGUGACCUGGCGGACGUGGCCUAUGGCAACAAUAGCGGCAUACGUGUACGAGCGGCCACCAUCCAAGAAAUCGGCCAAUGCGAUAUCGUGGUGAUUACUGCUGGAUCGAGAUAUUCUAGAGGUGAAACGAACGUGCAGCAUUUGUACCACAAAAUCGCCAUCGUCCAGGGCAUAGUCAACGAGGCGAGGCCUUUUCGCUCGGAUACAAUCUUACUGAUCGUGGCUAACCCUGUCGAUCUGCUCACAUCCCUGGCGAAGGAGCUUUCCGGGCUCCCAACGUCUCAGGUUUUGGGGUCAGGUACAUUCCUUGAUUCGGUCCGAAUUCGCGGGCUAUUGGCAGAAAGGGCGGGGGUUGCAACUAGCUCUGUCGAUGUCCAGGUCGUGGGUGUCCACGGAAACUCAGAAGUAGUUGCAUGGUCCGGUGUGACCAUUGGGGGCGUUCCCGCCGCACGAUGGUUCCCUGAUAAGACCUCCCACCUGGCUGAGGUUGCGAAUCAAUGCAAAGCUAAGUCUCAGACAAUUAUUCGAGCCAAAGGGGGAACGCCGUUCGGAAUUGGUUCCGUAGUCUGUAGUAUUUGCUCUUCAAUUCUCUUCGAUAGGCGGGAUGUCUGCUGCAUCAGCCACUACCUGUCCGAUUACAAAUGCUGCUUUAGCCUUCCUGUCGUGCUUGGUAGGGGAGGGGUCAUGAAAGCGAUUGAUAUGCAGUUGGAUCAGAAAGAAUGGGAGGACCUUAAUGAGACAGCGCAGGAACUGAAACACACGGUGGAAAGGCUUAAAUCUGAUGAGUGA